CUAGCUGUCAAAUUGCGCGGGAAAUAAAAUGCGCUCUCGAUUUCAUAGAACUUGAAUACAUCUACAUCUACAUGGUUUUGAAGCACAAUGUCGGAUAUAUUUCUGCAGGAGGAUAUCACUUCACUCUUUGACAACCGAUUUAUUGUCAUUAUUGGUGAUUCAAUCCAGAGAGCUGUCUACAAAGACUUUGUUUUGCUUCUGCAGAAGAAUAGAUAUCUGACAGACUCUCAGCUUCGAUCAAAGGGGGAGUUCACAUUUUCUGGUGAUAAGCUCAUCGAAGGUGGCCAGUAUGGAGAGAUGACUAAUGGUAUCCGUUACUGCGAGGUGCGCCAGUAUCAGAUUUCCAAACUUUGCUACAUCAGUUACCGCGAGGUGCGCCAGUACCAGACAGAUUUCCACCUGGUGAGGUUCUAUUUCGUGACACGAUGCUACAACGCCUACAUGGAGUCCAUUUUGACGGACCUUUCAAAAGACCCUCGUCCUGAUGUCAUCCUAAUGAAUUCCUGCCUCUGGGAUAUUAGUCGCUACGGUCCCCGGUCUGUGGACCAGUACAAGGAGAACCUGGAGACACUGUUCCGUCGUUUCAAGGAGGUCCUGCCAGAAUCUUGCCUCGUAGUGUGGAACAUGACCCUCCCCAUCUCCAAGAAGGCACGCGGGGGUUUCCUUAUUCCACAGGUGGAAUAUAUGAACAGCUCUUUGAGGCUGGAUAUACUGGAGGCAAAUUUCUAUGUGCACAAGCUGGCUCUCAUGAACGGUGUCAACACCCUGGACCUCCACUACUACCUGAGGCAUCAGCUGCAGAGGAGAGCAGGUGACGGGGUCCACUGGGACAUGACUGCCCACAGACGAAUGACCAAUCUCAUCCUGACCCACAUUGCCCAGGCCUGGGACGUGAAACAACCCAACCACGCACACACUGUCCUCUCCUUGAAGAAACCUUGUGUUGACCAUGAACAAUUCCAGCAAGCUGAUACGAAUUUCAACUUUGGAUGUGGCAAACAAGUCCUAUCAAACAUAAAUACAAUUUACAACCAGAACGUGCACGUCAAAUCAGUCCCCGUGUCAAGCCAACGCAACAUCAACAUCGCCAAUAACUUUGGGAAUCCCGUUAGUCUCAAGGUGGGGCAGCAGUUUUCUACCAAUCAGAAGUGGAAUGAAAAUAACAACCAAAGGCUUAGUCAAAUACCAAAAGCGAGCUUACUUUCACAACCUACUGCAAACAAUUUUAAAUUUGAUAGGCCCGAGGUUGGAAGAAACAUAAAUAUCAACGUUGAUAAGUAUGGACAGCAGAUGAAUGAUGACCAGACUGCAAACAUAGCCCGCUACGGUGGUCCGAUAAGGAACAUAAACUUUCAAGGGACCUCCCUGCCAUCGAACCCUUACCCGGUCAGUCUGUUGGACUGGACCCCUUACAGGAAUGAGGAUUUCAGGGGUCAGUGGUUUGAUGAUGAUGGCAACCAAAUGCCGGAUCGAGCUCGAAACCAGCCUUAUGGCCGACGUGUCAGGCAUUAGUGAUGGGUUUUGUGAUCUUGGGUAUUACUUGAAUGUACCUCAGUUAUUCUAAAGUAAACUACAAUGUACCCAGGUACAGAAAAUAUACUAGAAAAGACCCUGGAUAAUGGACAGGUGCCUUGAAGUGUAUUUUCCUUCAUAGGUACAUUGCAGUAUACUUAAAUAGACCUUAUUCACAGAUUUCGGCAUGUUAUGCAGUUUAUGAUUAAAUGCUUUAAAUUGAUUAAUGUAAACAUUGGAACUUAAAGUUUAAAACAAAAAUAAAAGUGAGUAAAGGGAAAAAUAUAAUCCACACCUGGGCUAGAACCACUCACCCUUGGAGUAAGUCUACUGCUUAGACCACUCAGCCAUCCACGCUGACAUGAAAGUACACGUUAUUAAUACUUUAUAUAAGCAAUAAUCGUAAUUACACAAAAUAUAACGAUAACAACUGAACUUUCCAAAUUAUUUAUUCCUUUCGUUUGUAAUGCUGUUUUAUUUUUAGGUUUUUAAAUUGUCAAAAUAUGCAUAAAAUGGAUAUUUAAGAGCAUUGUAAAUGUUCAGUAUUACAUAACUACAAUGACAAUUUGGAAAUUUUAACUAUAUUUUUUCUCAAAUGUAUACAUUGAUCAGUGUGUAUAUAGUUUGCUUAAGCGGUUCUGAUAAUUUUUGCUAUGUAGAUAUUGCUGCUAGUUUUCCAGUUAAAUUUCUGUUAUUUUUUCACGACCUGGAAGGAUGACAGAUGCAAGAAUCAGUUGCUUUUUUUAUAUCUUUGAAAUCAAUUUUUCGGUAAAGAAAUCAGUUUUUAGAGUUAUCAAUAAAGCAGGUAAUUUAAGUUUCUGGAAUGUGAAAGUAUUUAUGCCCCCAGCAUAUUGAUAUUUCAGGAUUUAGUUACUAUUCCUAUGUUUUAUGUUGGUUACUAUAUUGUCCUGCUGAUAAACGGCGUCGACAGUUUUAUUGGAUUUUUAGUUUUGCCAAGGACCAAAUACCGAUGGUUGCAACUCUUUGAUACGUACACAGUUGUUACUUAUGACCAUGCACUAUCCAUUCAUAUACUCAACCUCAUGUUUGACCAUGCACUAUCAAUUCAUAUACUCAACCUCAUGUUUGACCAUGCACUAUCCAUUCAUAUACUCAACCUCAUGUUUGACCAUGCACUAUCCAUUCAUAUACUCAACCUCAUGUUUGACCAUGCACUAUCCAUUCAUAUACUCAACCUCAUGUUUAACCAUGCACUAUCCAUUCAUAUGCUCAACCUCAUGUUUGAUCUUGAAGUAAUAUGGACUUGUUAUAUUCUAAUUUAAAUGGGUAAUGUCCAGUCUACACACUAUCAGCUUGACAGUCUGGGGAAAUGUAAUUGGGGCUACUACAUAUUAAUUAUCCCCCAUCAUAGGCGGAGGGAUAUUGUUUUGGCAUUGUCCGUCUGUCCUUCCGUCCGUCCGUCUGUCUGGAGCAAUAUCUUGGAAGUGCUUUGGCGGAUUUCAAUGAAACUUGGUAUGAGUAUGUAUAUGGAUAAGAGGAUGAUGCACGCCAAAUGGCAUUGUACUCCAUCAGUUAAUAACAGAGUUAUGGCCCUUUGCCUCUUGAAAAAAUGCUUUUUUGAGUGUCAAAUAUAAUACUUUUGUGUCCAGAAGCAUAUUGGUGAGGGAUAUCAAUUCAACGAAUUUGCUUGUUUGUUUAUAUUCAGGCUAUUGAAUUUUUAAAUGAUUUAUUUAAUGAAAGUAUAAUGAUUCUGGCUAGUGGUUUAAAUAUAUAACAGUGGAGACUUGGUAAAUUCACAAAAUUAAAAAGUUGUUUCAGAUUAGCAAGUUUUCGUUUUAGUUAUGAUAUUUGUGAGGAAAUAGUAAUACUGAACAUUUACCAUGUUCUAAAAUAUCCAUUAUACGCAUCUUUUGGCGAUUUGAAAACCUGAAGAUUAUAAAGCGUUGUAAUGUGAAACGAUUGAAUAGUUUGGAAAGUUCUGUUGUUGUCAUUAUAUUUUGUGUAACUACGAGGAUUGCUUAUGUAAAGUAAAAAAUACAUCCCAUUAUAGCAUAAGCACGGAUGGCCGAGUGGUCAAAGCGGAAGUCUUUUACUCCAGGAUUCCAUGGGACAUUGUUUCGAGCCCAGUUGAGGGUUUGUUUUUGUUUUUUUAAAUUGUAUUCUUGUUUUUUUACUGGAGAUUUUUUGGUCCAAUUUUUAUAUUUAUCAAUAUAAAGCAUUUAAUGACAAACUUCAAUACAUGCCAAAAUCUGUGAAAAGGCCCCUUUAAAGUAUUCUUACUUCAAAUUUAUGUUGUGUUCAUGAUGUUUUGAAGAUCUCUCGAGUUCUUGAGUUCCAACUUUCUGUUUUGUUUAUUAGUGCUAUACAAGGACUAUUAAGGUAUUGCUUCAGGAAUUUUGACGUUGAAAUCCACCCUUAAGUAUUAUUUUACUGUCUUUUAAUUUCUGAAUGACUAUGCAACUAACACUGAAGCCUUCACAAUCUUUGGAACCUACAACUUUAAGCUUAAUGCUAUAAAAAUGUACAUAAACUUGUUAUAAUUAUUAAACUUAUGUUGGAUAACAUUAUCUGCAUACAGUUUUUUUGAGUGAUCAUAUGUAUUUCCAAUGUUGUGUUAUUUUUAUGUCCCCAACCACUAAAGUGGGGGACAUACUGUUUUUGCACUGUCUGUUGGUUUGUUUGUUGGUUUGUUGGUUUACGUCAAACUUUAACAUUUGCCAUAACUUUAACAAUAUUGAAGAUACUAAGCUACUUCAAAUUUGGCAUGCAUGUGUAUCUCAUUGAGCUGCACAUUUUGAGUGGUGCAAGGUCAUCCUUCAAGGUCAAAGGUCAAAUAUAUGGGUCAAAAUAGGUCAUUUAAUGUACACUUUUGCAUUAUUGAAGAUCGCAACUUGAUGUUUGGCAUGCAUGUGUAUCUUAUGAAGCUGCACAUUUUGAGUGAUGAAAGGUCAAGGUCAUCCUUCAAGGUCAAAGGUCAAAUAUAUGGGGACAUAGCGUUUCACAAACACAUCUUGUUUUCUAUGUAUUUUUUAUGGGUUUCCUCAGGUUUUAUCAGGUGUCUGUCAUGUUUUCCACAAGAGGUAAUAUGUUAUAAUAUGUACAUUUCAUAUGAUGUUCCAAUUUGAUCUCUGUUUGUUUGUAAAUAUUUUUUAUCAACAUGUUCAAUUGUUUUAUGUUUGUGUAAUUUACUAGUACAUGUCCAAUACCAAAUUGAGAUUGUUUAAACCAAAGAUUUUCUAAUUAAACCAAAGAUUUUCUAAAAGAUCUGUGUAUCAGAUCUGAUGGAUUGUGCAAAGUUGUAUCACUGUAGCAAUUCAUUGUCUAGCUAUUACAUUCAUUUGAUUACUACAUCAAAGACAAAUCAAGAUCUAAAAAGCCACCUUAAAAUUACCUUUAAACAAUGAAAGCUAAACAUUGUACAAGUAUUAAAUCCAAGCUUGAUAAUCAUACACAGUUUUAUUGAUUUAAAUUGAAGGAGAAAACAAAGGCUAUAUUUUGGGGUUUCUUUUUAUUUCUUAUGUGUAAAGGUUUAAUAUAUCAAGCCAAAUCUAGAACGGACCCUUCUAUAAAAGAAAAGUGUGUUUUAAUGUAAAGGUUAAAAGCCGGUAGUAUAACUUGUCUAGAAGGAAAGCUGUGAUAUGAAAAUGUGUUCAGUAUUAACUUGUGUUUACAAUGCUCUUAAAUUGUGGUAGUCCACAUAUGUUGUUUGUGUAUACAUUUUACUGUUGAUUCAUCUGUUUGUCAUUUUCUUCCCUCUAGUCAAGAGUCAUUGAAAUUAUAACGAGGACUGUUCUUGUUUAAAAAAAAUACUUUUGUUACUUAUUCUUGUGACAUUAUAAUGAAGCUACAGGUACAUAUAUGUACCUACAUGUAUUGUGUCAGUUUUGGUUGUCAUCUUAUUUAACAAUCAAUAAACAUGUACAUAUAAGUAAUAUGUGGUCAGUUUCCAGAUGUCAUCUAAAGUAAUAGAUCAUUUAGAUGUACAUACAUGUAUUAUGUUGUCAGUUAUGGAUUUCAUCUAAAAUUAAAGGUGAUUUAGAUGUACAUACAUGUAUCAUCUGGAUAGUUUUGAUUGUCAUCUAAAGUUACAUGCCAUAUAGUUGUACAUACAUGUAUUAUGAUGUCAAUUCAACUUAAGUUUCAGGUGAAAUAAAUAUACAAACAUUUAUGAUGUUGUCAGUUUUUGUUGUAAUCUGAAGUUUUAAUCCAUGUAGAUGAACAUACAUGUAUAAUGGUGUCACUUUUUGAGUUGUCAUCUAAAGUUAAAGGCCAUAGCGAUGUACAUACAUAUAUUAUGAUGUCAGUUUUGGUUGUCAUCUAAAGUUACAGGCCAUAGCGAUGUACAUACAUGUAUUAUGAUGUCAGUUUUGGUUGUCAUCUAAAGUUACAGGCCAUAGCGAUGUAGAUACAUUAUUAUGUUGUCAGUUUUGGUUGUCAUCUUAAGUUACAGGCCAUAGCGAUGUAGAUACAUGUAUUAUGGUGUCAGUUUUGGUUGUCAUCUUAAGUUACAGGCCAUAGCGAUGUACAUACAUGUAUUAUGUUGUCAGUUUUGGUUGUCAUCUUAAGUUACAGGCCAUAGCGAUGUAGAUACAUGUAUUAUGGUGUCAGUUUUCGUUGUCAUCUAAAGUAACGUGUGAUUAAGAUGUGCAUACAUGUAUUAUGUUGUCAGUUUUGGUUGUAAUCUAAAGUAUCAAACCAUAUGUACAUACAUGUAUUUUGUUGUCAGUUCGGGUUGUUAUUUAAAGGUUCAGGUAUUAUAGAUAUGCGUACAUUUAUUGUGUUGUAUUGUAAGUUUUGGUAUUUAUCUUAAGUUACACCUUAUAUAGAUGUACUUACAUGUAUUUUAUUAUCAGUAUUGUUUGUUAUCUUAUGUUAAAGGUCAUAUAGAAGUUCAUACAUGUAUUGUAUUGUCUGUUUCGAGUUGUCAUCUAAAGUUUCAGAUCAUAUAGAUGUAUGUACUUGUAUUAUGUUGUCCGUUUUGGUUGUCAUGUAAAGUUACAGGGCAAAGUGAUGUAUAUACAUGUAUUAUGUUGUCAGUUUUGGUUGUCAUGUAAAGUUACAGGACAUAGUGAUGUAUAAACAUUUAUUAUGUUUUCAGUUUAGGCUGACAUCUAAUUAAAGGUACAGGCCAUAAUAUUUUUUUUAUAUUCAGUGACAGUUGUCAUCUUAGGUUACAGUCAGUUUGUAAAAGUACAAAUGUGUAUUCUGUUAUCAGUGUGGGCUGUAAUCUAAUGUUACAGGAUUUAUUGAUGAAUAUACCUGUAUUAUAUUGUCAGUUUCUGUUGUUAUCUUAAGUUACAUGCAAUAUAUAUGUUAAACAUGUAUUAUAUUGUCAGUUUCUGCUGUUAUCUAAAGUUACAGGUGAUGGAAGAUGUUCAUACAUGUAUAAUGUUGUCAUUUUUCGGUGCAUUUGUGUUUAAAUAUUGGAAUGCUAUGCAAUAAUUUUCUGAUUGCCAUAGUAUCUUUAUACUCCCACAAGCGAAGUUUAGGAGGGCAUAUAGGAGUGAACUUGUUUGUCUGUCUGUCGGUCAGUCCGUAUUAAGUGUCCACUCUCUAAUUCAAGUUGUUUUCAUCCGAUCUUCACCAAACUUGGUCAGAUGUUGUAUCUAGAUGAUGUUGAGGUCAAGUUCAAAUAUGGGUCAUGCCGGGUCAAAAACUAGGUCAUCGGGUCACUAAGUGCGUGUUAAACAUUGAGCAUGGUGUCCACUCUCUCAUUAAAGUAGUUUUCAUCCGAGCUUCACUAACCUCGGUCAGAAGUUGUAUCUAGAUGAUGUCUAGGCCAAGUUCAAACAUGGGUCAUGCCGGGUCAAAAACUAGGGCACAGGGUCACUUAGUGCGUUUUAAACAUUGAGUAUGGUGUCCGCUCUCUAAUUCAAAUAAUUUUCAUCCGAUCUUCACCACACUUGGUCAAAAGUUGUAUAUAGAGGAUGUGUAGGUCAAGUUCGAAUAUGGGUCAAACCGGGUCAAAAACUAGGUCAUGGGGUCACUUAGUAUGUUUAAAACAUUUAGCAUGGUGUCAGCUGUUAUUUGUGAAGACAACAUGCCAAUAUUCUGUGUCAAUGCGGCAUGUGGGGGUAUUCUGUGACAAAGCUCUAGUUUUUGUCCGUUUUUGGAAAAUAUUUAGUUGUUUGCCUGUUUAAAAUCAAACUGCACCAUUUAUCAUUAUGCCAAACAGCAAAGAGACAAGCUGUGCAAAUGGACACAUGUUGUUGUGAUGCAAUUUAGUUUGUUUUGUAACUGCAUCUAAUUAUGAUGUCUAUUAGGUUGUACAUAUUAUAUUUGUUUUUUUGCCAACCAUUAUUGUUUUAGCUUGCCUAAGCUCAUUUUAUUUAUGAUGAGCUUUUGUGAUCACCUGUUGAUUGUUGUUCAUCGGGUGUCAUGAACAAUUACCUUGUUUACAUUUAGAGGCCACAUUUAUUGACCAAUCUGAUUUGAUUUCAACAUUUUUUCCAAUGAAAUCCCAGCCAAGUUCGAAACUUGGUCAUGUGGGGUACCAAACAAGGUCACUGGGUCAAACUAAAGGAAAAGCUUGUGAAAAUCAAAAUUACUGCAUACCUUGUGAUAACUCUAGAAUCCAAAUUUAUGUCAUAUUGCUGAAACUUGCUCAAAACCUUUGGUUUAAUGAUUUUGAAUUUCUAAUGAUAUUUAAUGACAUUUGACUCACUGAUUUCUUUGUCAAGUUUGAAACUUUGUCAAAUGUGGUAAAAACUAGGUCAAUUUAAAUGAAACGCUUGUGGCUAUUCAAGAGUCCACAUAAAGUGCCCAAUCUUUGUGCAACUGGGUCAAAUCAUUUGUUUAAACAGGUUCGGAGGUGGGUCAUGUGGGAUUAUGAACGAGGUCAAAUAAAAUUAGAUGGUGGAUUCUAAAGAAAAGCUCUAUUUAUUUCCCAAUAUUUAUUAAACUUGGUCAGAACAUUUGUCCAAUUACUAUUUCGGCCAUGUGCAAAACAGGUUCAAGUUAGGUCAAAAGCUGGAUCACUAGGUUUAAUGCAAGAAAAUUCUUGUGAACACUCUUGAUGUCUUAGUUCCUAACCGUUUUUAAAUUCGGUCAGAACGUUUGUCUUAAUGAAAAAUCAGUCAAUCUCAAAUCUGGGUCUUGUUCGGUUGAACAAAAAUUAUUUUCCUGUCUUCACACAACUGGGUUAACACGUUUGUCCCAAUACUGUAUCUUCAAAAGUGGUCUUCAAACUUACAAACUAGGUCACUUUGUCAAAUGAAAGAGCUUGUGAAAACUAGUGACCAUUUGUAACGCAUAAUCUUCACGAAGCUUGGUCAGAACGUUGAUCUUACUUUUAUCUUUGCCUAGUUUAAAAUAGGUCGCAUGGGGUCAAAAAUUAGGUAAAUCGGUCAAACACCAUGUCAGUAUAUCAAAUAGGGGGAAAAGCUUGUGAACACUCUUGCGGGUACAUAUAUUUUCCAACGUUCAUGCAAUUUGGUGAUAAUAUUUGUCUUCAUGAUAAUUCCACACAUUUGAAACUGCAUUACGUGACAUCCACAUCUUGCUCACUAGGUCAAAUUUAAGAAAAGCUUGUGAACCAUUGCAUGGCACAUUAAUUGCCUGAUCUUAUGUAAACUUGGCCUAAAACUGAUCUUAAUGAUUUUUCGGCCAUAUGUAUUCAAAGGUCUUGUGGGGUCAAAAACUAGGUAAAGUUCCGUAGGGUCUUAGGCCUUUUGACUUUCUUGUAUUGGAACUUUUUGAUCACCCUAAAAAUGACAUUGUUUUGUUAAAAUAUUCAUAAACCUUGCUUAAAACAUCAGUUUUAAUGAUAUCUUAACCAAGUUUUGGCAUUAGUAGCUUAACAUCACAAAAGCUAUUGAACAGAACAGUUAAUUUCACUCGGGUCUCAGUUGAGCGACCGAGGGCCAUUGAUCCUCUUAUUUAUGAGUUGAAAUUAAAAAAAAAUCGUUUAUGCCAGUUU